CUCUCUCUCUCUCACUCUCUAUAUAUAGAGAGAGAAAACUUGUGUAUAGACACUACUAGAAUUUUCUGUGAAUUGGAAUAUGGCAGGGAAGCUCAUGCAUGCGGUUCAGUACAAUUCCUAUGGAGGAGGAGCCGCAGGUUUGAAGCAUGUUGAAAUUCCUAUUCCUGCUCCAAGUAAGGACGAGGUUUUAAUAAAACUAGAAGCAGCAAGCAUAAACCCAUAUGAUUAUAAAUUACAGGCAGGUGUGGCCCGUCCAGUUUUGCCACGGAAAUUUCCCUUCAUACCUGUCUUUGAUGUAUCAGGAGAAGUAGUGGAGGUUGGAUCUGGAAUCAAGAACUUUAAAGCUGGUGACAAAGUUGUAUCUAUGCUUAAGUCUACGGGUGGAGGUGGACUAGCUGAAUUCUGUGUGGCUAAGGGGAAUCGAACAGUUCCAAGGCCACCUGAGGUAUCAGCAGCUGAAGGUGCAGGAUUACCUAUCGCCGCUCUCACAGCUCACAUGGCCCUCACCCAAUUUGCAGGAGUCAAGCUCGACGGGAGUGGCCCACAGAAAAAAAUCCUAGUCACGGCAGCCUCUGGCGGCGUGGGCCACUACGCCGUUCAACUGGCCAAGCUCGGAAACACCCAUGUGACGGCCACUUGUGGGGCCCGCAACAUGGAAUUCGUGAAGAGCUUAGGGGCCGAUGAGGUGCUCGACUACAAGACGCCUGAUGGAGCCGCACUGAGGAGCCCAUCUGGCCAGAAAUACGAUGCUGUCGUUCAUGGUACCACCGGCAUUCCAUGGUCUACGUUUGAGCCCAAUUUGAGUCGAAAUGGAAUGGUAAUAGCUUUGACUCCUAAUCCAAGUACCAUGAUGACUUUUGCAUGGAAGAAACUCACCUGCUCUAAGAAGCAGAUUGUGCCACUGCUUUUAGACGCUAAAGGCGAGAAUCUUGACUAUCUUGUUAAGUUGGUGAAGGAAGGGAAGCUUAAAACGGUAAUCGACUCGAAAUAUCCUCUGACCAAGGCUGAAGAUGCCUGGGCCAAGAGCAUCGACGGUCACGCUACUGGGAAGAUCAUAGUGGAGCCAUAACAUAUGCCCUUCUGAAUUGAUUAUCUGGUACUGGUUCUAUGUACUUAAAGAAGAGAAUGUGUGUAUUUAGACCGUAGAAUACAUGUAGCUAUUCUACUUUCUGGUAUUUUCGUGGUUGUGUGCUUCAUAUUCUUUGCUUGGGUGAAAUUUUCGUUUCUUCUGCUGGCCAUUUUCGUUUCUUCUGCUGUGCUUUCGAACUUAUAACACUAAUGAGAGAACAUCAACUUCUUUUCCCUUU